GAUACUGAGUGUACGUUACAGGUUUACAAAGGUUUGGACAUCAUCACAAACAAGGUGACUCGUGAAGAGCAGCAACUGUGCAGACACCACAUGAUCAGCUUCCUGGAUCCCCUCCUUUCCUAUUCAGUUGUUGACUUCAGGAAUAAGGCACUGUCGAUAAUCAAAGAUAUCAUCGGUAGACAGAAGGUCCCAAUCAUUGUGGGAGGAACCAACUACUACAUCGAAUCACUGCUUUGGAAAGUGCUGGUAGACACAAAGGAAGAGAAGGCUUUCUCUGCUCCCGACCAUGCGGCUGGGAGUCGAACACCAUCACCCAAUCGGAAGGAGGAACUGGAAAAACUCAACUGUCAAGAACUCUACAAACGACUGGCUGAAGUUGACCCUGAAAUGGCAGCAAAAUUACACCCACAUGAUAAACGCAAGGUUGCAAGAAGUCUGCAGGUCUACGAAGAGCUUGGAGUUCCCCACAGCAAACUUCUACUGAAACAGCGCCAGGAGGAAGGAGGAGGACCCCUCGGAGGAGCGCUGCGCUUUCCACGGCCUUGUAUACUCUGGCUGCACGCUGACUUGUCAGUCCUUGAUGAGCGUUUGGAUCGUCGAGUCGAUGAAAUGCUGGCUGCAGGCCUUCUGGAAGAGCUGAUGGGUUUUCAUACUCGAUACAACCAGCAGAAGAUAGCCGAGAACAGCCAGGACUACCAACAUGGCAUCUUUCAGUCCAUUGGAUUCAAGGAAUUCCACGAAUAUCUGACCUCAAACAGCAGCUGCAGUGAGACUAGGGAAAAGCUGCUGAACCAAGGUAUUGCUGCACUCAAACAAGUCACAAAGCGUUAUGCAAGGAAGCAAAACAAAUGGGUCCGCAAUCGUUUCCUAAAAAGGCCAGGAGCUAAUGUUCCUCCUGUAUAUGGUCUGGAUGUGACUGAUGUGAGCAAAUGGGAGGAAACCGUGCUGCAUCCUGCAAUGCAGAUCCUUGAAAGCUGCUUAAAGGGAGAGGAGCCCCCAGUGUUGCCUUUAACCAUGGAAUGUGACCAAAAUGAGGAGAAGAGGAAGCGGCAUGUGUGUGAAUUGUGUGACAAGAUCAUCCUGGGUGACCGGGAAUGGAAGGGGGCACACUCUCGAAAGCAGAGCAAGGGCUGCCCAGCAGGAUAUGAAACAGUCACGAUCCACCUUCGAAAUAGCCGGAAUAGCUUUGUAAGUGAACUGUCUGGAAUGUGCUCAGUCUGCGUGGCUAAUUGCACAGUCAGCACAUACAGCACCAAACGAACGGAACAAAACCCCUUUCCUGUACAUAAUGAAAAACUGCUGUCAAUUGUCACAACUGCGCAGCUGAACAUUUCUGAAAGAAUGCAGUGUAAUAAUAAAACUAAUUCAUUCUGGGAGAUCGCAGUCUCUCCAUUUGGAACAAGAAGAUACUUUGAGUUCAGCCACAAGAACACAGGCCACAACCACUUUCCAGAUUUGACCUUGGCCUCGGUUGCCAUCAGUGAUUUGGAUCCUAGGCCCAUUAUCCAGACUGUGUUCCUCUGUAUGCCAUGUGUAAUUGACAGAGUAAUUACUCAAUAUGGUAAUUGA